AUGUUGUGCGCAGUUGGAGCGGAUUUCCUCACAAAAGAUGUUGUGAUUGACGAUAAGGAAGUCACUAUUCAGAUUUGGGAUACGGCAGGCCAGGAGCGUUUUCAGAGUUUAGGCGUCGCCUUCUAUCGCGGAGCUGACUGUUGCGUGUUGGUGUUUGAUGUAACAAAUCCUAAGUCUUUUGACAGCCUGGAGUCGUGGAAAGAAGAAUUUCUCAUUCAGUCCUCUCCGUCAGACCCCGACGCGUUUCCUUUCGUUGUCCUUGGCAACAAAGUCGAUGAAAAGGAGAAGCGCCGCGUCUCUACAGCGAAGGCGGAAGCCUUCUGCGGCUCUAAAAUCAGUUAUUUUGAAACAAGUGCAAAACAAGCAACAAACGUCAGCGCUGCAUUUGAGGAAAUAGCGCGAAAGGCGAUGCAGCACGAGACAAAACAAGAACAAAUGUACAACAGCAACCCUUCCAUGCGCUCCGUGCAUGAAGCAGCUGCUAGGCUGUUAUAUCUUGAAUAUCAUUUCCAAGUUCUCCCUGGAACAGUAGCAGAUCUAGAAGUGCUCCUCCUCAUUUUAUUCAGCAGCUUCAGCUGCCGAUAG